AUGGGUGGAUGCUGUUCAGGUAAAAUAUUCGAGUGGAGAUGGUAUCGUUCAAUUAACUGGCGUCGACAAUGUAGCAAAAAUUGCCAUCAAGUUAGCUUUUUUUCAAUUGUUGUUGUCAAUAUUUUGAAAAGAAUGUCAGAGGUGUUGAUUGUUGGUAUGAUAUGGGAUCCUUUCAGUAUGGAUGAUAUGUUAUUGGCGCGAUUGAGAAGUAUGAGGUCGAAGGUUGAACCGUGUCCUGUUCUUAAAUCUUUUUCGAAGGAUCAUCACUUAUUUGCAACAGAUGCAGUAACGACCGCUGUCAUAAAUAUUAUCAAUGCACAAGAUGUUGAACAUUCUUGGCGCGAACUAGUUGAAUCGUUGAAAGCAUCUGAUGAAUCAGGGAUUCAAAUCGUGACGUCCCAAUUACUUCAUACAAUGUUUGCACCGUGGCGUCAGCAAGCUCUGCUAAAUGGUAUUUGUAAUCACAUGGACAGCAGAGGAGAUGGUAAAACUGUCCUUUCAGUUUUAGUUCAACAAAGGCUCUUCACUGCCACUGAAGUUUGCUCAAGGAUAGUGGAACUAGCACAGCGUAAGAAUUGGUCCGAUAUCAUAAUCCAUUUAGUUCGAUAUUCACUGAGCAUUGACGAGAGUGUCUAUGCUCGUUGCUUGAGGACUGCUGCUGACAACUUGUUGAUAAUUGAAUUGUUGAUGAUAUUGGUUGAUGGUUGUGCGAAUAAGAUGAUAUGGGAUGCUAAAUGUCAUGAAAUUGUGAGAAGAGCGGCGAAUUUCAUAUCUGAACAGGUACAGUUAACUGAUGCAAUAUCAUCGAUAACAUACCAGUUGGGCAAUGAUCUUUCAAAAAUAAUCAGAGACGACAGCAUGCGGUAUCCAGAUUAUGUGAUUGAAUCCGUACCUUAUCAGUGUAAGAGUUUAUGA